AGAAAAAGUAUAAGAAGGAGAAAGAAGCGAAGCUUCUUUGGUACUUCGGACGAAAAUGGCGGUGAAGGAAGAAGAUAAGCCGAACCCGACGGUGGAGAUCUCUGGACUUCGGUUCACAUAUCCUGGAAUCGAUGGCCAUCCUCCGCCGGGAUCGAAGCCUCUCAUCGAUGAUUUCUCUCUGACGCUCAACUCUGGUGAUCGGUGCCUCCUCGUCGGAUCGAAUGGAGCGGGGAAAACAACGAUUCUGAAGAUACUGGGAGGGAAGCACAUGGUGGAGCCGCACAUGGUUAGGGUUCUUGGACGCUCGGCGUUUCACGACACUGGUUUGACAUCAUCUGGGGACCUUUGCUAUCUGGGCGGGGAGUGGAGGCGCGAUGUGGCGUUUGCAGGAUUCGAAGUUCCGAUACAAAUGGAUAUUCCAGCGGAGAAAAUGAUAUUUGGAGUAGCGGGUAUCGAUCCUCAGAGAAGAGCUGAACUAAUCAAGGUUUUGGAUAUCGAUCUCUCGUGGAGAUUGCACAAGGUUUCGGAUGGGCAAAGAAGACGUGUCCAGAUUUGCAUGGGUCUCCUCAAGCCUUUCAAGGUUCUCCUUCUGGACGAGAUAACAGUUGAUCUUGAUGUUCUGGCAAGAGCUGACCUCUUGAAAUUCCUAAGAAAGGAAUGUGAAGAACGGGGAGCGACUAUCAUCUACGCAACCCAUAUAUUCGAUGGUCUCGAGGAAUGGCCCUCUCACAUUGUGUACGUGGCGAACGGGAGGUUGCAGUUAGCAAUGCCGAUGGAGAAGGUGAGAGAGACGAGCAAGAUGUCGCUGAUGAGGACGGUGGAGAAGUGGCUGAGGAAAGAACGGGACGAGGAGAGGAAGAGGCGGAAGGAGAGGAAAGCAAAGAAUCUGCCAGAGUUCGAGCCUCGGGUGGAAGAGAGCCGUGUGGCGGGGGGGGCCGCACGUGCCUCCGUGGCUAGGGUUAUGAACAACGGCUGGGCCCCUGGAAGGCUCCACUCUACCAUCGCAGGUGCUGAUGAAAAUUUCCUCUUCAGCUCAAACAGAGUUCUCAGGCAGUAAGUAGGCUCUCUAAGCUCUACACCACCAUUGAUUGAUCAGUUAUAUUUAAAAUAAAUUAAAAUGGAAUAUUGGUUUGUAUGGCAAGAGAGUAAGCUUUUACUUGUAAUGUUUUUUUUUUCUCUCUCUCUCAAUGUUUUCAAUAUUACAAGUGUGAUUAAUGAAAGAUGUUCGUAGAAACAUCAUUGACGGCUUAA